AUGCAGCAAGAUUCCACAUCGUCCAGGCCUCCCCGGCGGCCGUCAUCGCUGGCGUGUCAAGCACUCUUCCAACCACAACUCGACGCUCGCCAGUCGUUAGAUAUCUCAGGUUUGCCAGAGGAUGCACUUGCGUGGCCUGAGCUAGAGAACGCUGUAACACCAGAAGUUGCAUAUGAUCCCCUGAUCCAGCUGUAUUACCAGACUUUCCACCGCUCGCAUCCGCUCCUGAUUCCAAGGAAAGCACUGCACUCUCACUUAGCCGCGAAGAUACCGCAAUACAUCCUCUCAAUCAUGCGCUUCAUUGGCGCUCACCAGCACCAUGAUCCGUCCCUCAAAGAGCUCUUCCGCCAAUCUGCCUAUUCCGUGUUGUCCGACUCGACGCCUCGUGACGGAUUCAAGGUCCAGGGAAUGGUCCUUCUCGCCAUUGUUGACCAUGCACGUGGCGCCGAAGACAGUGCAACCCGUAUUAUGCAGGCUGCCGUUAACCUGGCCUUGGAACUGGGUAUGAACAAAGCCGCAUUCGCGGCCGAACACUCCGGCGGAAAUUCUAUACUGGAGGAGAGUUGGCGCCGAACUUACUGGGAACUGUACUUUGUGGACGGAUUCUUGGCUGCAAUGCGUGAUCAGAGCGCGUUCCAACUGUUCCAUAGCCCUGCAGACGCGAGGUUGCCUUGUGACGAAGAGCUUUAUAACUCCGGGGACGCGGUGAUACUGAGCGAUCUGACGUUCAAAGAUCUGACCAACAAGUGGCACUUUGACGACGAAAGGCGGUUUCCAUCAUCCGCAUACAGGAUCCAGGCCGUGCGCGCCCUCGGCAUGGUCAUGGAAUUAAACCGAUCUCUGGAUAUCGACCUGGAUACUCAAAUCGAGACCAUCGACGCUGUGCUGGUGGCCUCUUUGAUGCAACUGCCAUCAUCCCAGCGGGAUGUGUACGGCAGCCAUUCCGGCCUAGAUGAAAUGACCUUCCAAGCUCAAAUGACGAGCUACCUGGCACUGAUCUACCUCCACCACCCUCGAUCAAACAUGCGGUAUGCCUCCAUCCACGCCCAUACCUCCUGCACCCGCCUCCCAACAACCCGCGAGACCACUCCCCCCUCCGCCUCCCUGGACCUUCAUUCGCAAAAACUCCUGCGAGCAGCAGAUCUGCUGUGCAACCUAGCCACCCUGCCGAAUCCGGUCAAAUAUCGCACCCCGUUCUUCACCUGCGCGCUUGCCAUGUGUGUGGUAGUGCACACAGUUGCGUGCUUGGUUGUCUCCAUUCCAGAGAAACAGGAGUCGAUUAAGGCGAGAAUCCAGCUUGGAGUGGGCGCGCUGCAUGUGCUAGGGAAGUCGUGGCCACUGGCGAAGACGGUUAGACAGCGGUUGAUCUCUAUGUAUCAGGAGCUGGGAUUGCGAUGCAAAUGA